AUGAGGAAGCCCACGGCGGGAACAUUCUUAUACUCAGGUACCUUGCAAGCACCAAAUGAUAUUGAAGAUGAAUUCUUCACACAUGAAGGGUUCUCAUACACAGACUUGCUACUUGGAGGUAUAACAAACAAAGAAUCAACGCCUACAUUCUUUGGGCAGGAUGAUAAUCCAUGUGAUGUAAGUGUGUUUGACAACAUGAAUCUACAAAAGGUUCAUGCUCAUGGGAAUAACAAUGAGUUCCAGCAAAUGAAUGAAACACCAGAUGAAGGCAAAGAAAAAAUGAGCACAUCUGAGCCAACCCAGGAGGGCGAACAAAUCAACUCAAACAUUGAUAGUGCAAGUACAGCGCAAACAACACAAGAUCAACAGAAAGAAAUAACUGAAGAUGAUAUAGAAAACUUUCUGUCAAAUGAAAAGCUAGCUGAACAGGGGGUACAGAUGGAAGAAGAUGUAAGCAAAGAUAAUGAUAGCCAGCUCAAACCUGACAUUGGAAUGGAAUUUCAAACAAGAGAAGAAGCUCAGAAGUUCUUCAACUUGUAUGCAUACACAGUUGGGUUCUCCAUAAGUUGUGUUUCAUCUUACCGUACUGCAAGCAAAAGAAGGAACAAUGAGGUCAUAAGGUUCACAAUGAAAUGUAACAAGUACGGAAAAAAUAGUGAAGCAGAGACUGAGCAGGUAGUGUCACAGAGGCAAAGCACAGUGAUAGCAAAAACAGAUUGCAAGGUGGAAAUGGUAGUCAGUGAAAGAAAUGGGAUGUGGAGAAUUACAGGACUACAACUUAUACACAACCAUCAACUAUGCCCACAGAGCAGAUUCUUCAGGUCGCACAUAUACAUGUCCGACGGUGAGAAGGAGAUGAUACGAACUAUGAAACACUGCAAUAUGCCUACUCGUGACAUGGUAGCUGUUUUGGCAUAUAUAAGAGGAGGAAUGGCUCAACUGCCAUACAACAAAAGAAAAGUGAGCAACUACAGCAAUAGCAUAAACAGAGAACUGACAAACAAUGAUAUGAUGCAAGUCUUGGAAUGGUUUACUCAAAAAAGGAAUGAAAAUCCAGGUUUCUAUCAUUCAAUGGAUUUAGAUAAAAACAACAAAGUUCGUAGUGUCUUCUGGGCAGACGCAAGAGCAAGAUUGUACUAUAAUAUUUGUGGAGACUGCAUCAGCUUUGACACGACAUUCCUAACAAACAAGUACAAUUUGCCGUUCGCACCAUUUGUUGGUGUGUCGCCCCAUGGAAACACAUACAUAUUUGCAUGUGCAUUCAUAGUGGAUGAAAAAGAGGAGACAUUUGUGUGGCUGUUCAACCAAUUUGUACAUGCAAUGGGUGGUAAGCACCCCAAGACAAUAAUUACUGACCAGGAUAGAGCCAUGGGGAAUGCAAUAAAAGAACUUUACAAACAAUCUAUACACAGGGGUUGCUUGUUCCAUAUAAAGAAGAAAAUUGAUGACAAAGGUGGUCCACUAUUUCAGGCAAAUGAAGGCCUAUAUGAAGAACUACAGGACAUUAUUGACAAAUCUUUGACAGUUAAUGAGUUUGAAACGUUGUGGCAGGCAAUGAUAAAUGAGUACAAUGUGGGACAUGUAGAAAUACUGCAAAACAUGUGGAAAUCAAGGCAGAAAUGGGCUCCAGUUUACUUCAAGAAAUCCUUUUUCCCAUUUAUUCAGACAACAGCUAGAAGCGAAGGGACAAAUGCACUGUUUAAGAGAAGCGUAGGGGCUCAAUUCAGCAUCACAAGCUUCCUAAGAGAGUACCAGCGAAUAAUGGAUGAUAUACAUGCAAGAGAGGACGAGUGUGAUCACAAUGUAAUUACCAAAAAAGUUCCUGACAAGAAAUUCCUCACUAAGUACUACAUUGAAAGGCAAGCACAUGAUCUAUACAAUAUUUCAAUCUUCAGAAAAUUUCAGAACAUACUGAAUGAUGUUACAAGGUUACAAAUAACGGAAGAAGAGAAAGGCAAGAAGUACUGGUUGGUUCAGGCACCUAAUUACCCAAUCAAAGAACACAGAACACGAAAUUACCUUGUUCUGGUGAAUGAAGAGAACCAUGAUUACUCAUGCAUCUGCUGCAAGUUUGACAAAGAUGGCCUCCUUUGCUCACACAUCUUGAAAGUUAUGCUGCAUUUACAGAUAGACAAGAUACCGGAUAAAUACAUCAUAGAAAGGUGGAGGAAGAAGGAAAAAAAGGUGUUAGACCAUGUUCUUGCCCCGACACCAAAUGAGGAUAGCAUUGUUUUAAGAUUCAAUGUUCUAUCAAGGUUAUUGGGACACACAACAUCAAAUGGUUCAAAAAACAAAAGAAAAUAUCAGUAUUUGCUACAAGAGAUACCAAGGCUAGAAGCAGAGAUGGCGAGGAUGGACAAUGAAACUGAACAAGACUCAGCUAUAGGACAGAACAGUACAGCAAGAACUGUCGUCAACUUGGACCCUACAUCUGAAAGUACAUCAAACAUACGCAUACUUGAUCCAGAUGUUGCUGGUACAAAAGGUCGUCCUAGGUUGAUGACUAUAAAGGAAAGAAUCAAAAAGAAAAUGUUCUACACCUGCAGCCAUUGUGGUUCAACCGAAUACACGAAGAAAAAGUGUCAACAGCUGCAUUUGGUGUUCAAUCUACCAAAAAAGACUAGGAACAGAAAGAAAAAGGACAUAGGUACAACAACGGAACCCCAGAAAUCAAGAAAAAACAAGACGAAGGCCAGUGGAUGCAAUGAUAACAUAAAUCAAAUGUUCCAGCCAAGUGUAUCUUCAGUGACAAGCACGAGGGAAGACUGA